AUGGCGAAAGCAGCAAAGCGUCAGCGUGAAAGCAGCGAAAAGGCACAAGAAGAGUUGCCGAGUCCCGCCGAGGGUCAAGUGGAGGAGUCAAUGAUAGGGAAAAUACAGCUGCAGCGUGCGACGACCGACAAGCGCAUGACAAAUCGGCAGAAGUGCCUCGUUGUGGGAUCUCGUAACAUCUCAAGCAAGGAUCGCCACCUGCUUGCUGACAUUCGUGGCUUGAUGCCACACGCGCGUGACCAUCCAAAGCUUGGUCGGACCCAAGGUCUGGGGGACGAUUUGGUAGAUCUGUGCUCGCUUCAUCAGUGCAACAGCUCCCUUUUUAUUGAGGCUCACCGGCACGACAUUAGCUACUUGUGGAUUGCGCAAGCUCCCAGUGGCCCUAGUGUGAAACUGCAGUUGACAAAUGUGCACACGGCUGAUGAGCUUCGAAUGGCAGGGAAUUGCUUGAAGUACGGCCGCCCUCUCCUCCACUUUGAUCGGGAUUUCGAAACACAGCCACAUCUCCGUGUUGUGAAGUCUCUUCUUCAGAUGACUUUCAAUACGCCGCGUUAUCAUCCAAAGUCGAAGCCGUUUAUUGACCAUAUUGUGUGCUUCUUCUACCUCGAUAAUCACAUUUGGUUCCGCCAUUAUCAAAUUGUCGACACAGAGCCACAGUCACUCAUGGAAAUUGGGCCUCGCUUCACGCUGGAGCCAACCGCAAUUCUUAACGGUUGCUUCAAGGGUAACGUCAUUUGGAAAAGUGCCAUUGCGAAGACCCCAACAGAGCAGCGUCGGGACAGGAAGACGCGACGCCUGGAGAAGAUGCACGUUAAUGAAGGUAUUAAGACGAUGUCAGAAACACACAAGGCUCUCAACCCUGCACCAGAGCAGAACCCGCUGGACCUUGUGUUCAAAAGCUGA